UUCUUGUUAGGUUAUGUUUUUGAAUAAUUACAAUGUUAUUUUUAAUAAAAUGUAUCGAGAAAUGUAGUAUCUACAACGUAUUAUACAAAUCUAAUUCACUAAAAACCAAUUUUAUAAAGCGGUAUUACAACCCAAAGUCCUUCGACAUCAAUACAAACGUAGUAAAAGAUGUAAUUUUAUAUAAACAUCCGAACGACCGAUUCUUCAAAAUUGUUAAUCUCUUUGCUAUAUGCCAAUUUGGUUUUUGGACGUAUUUAGCACUGUUUGCGUUUACGAAUUUAAAAGACGUACCAGUAGACGACAAAGAAGAAAAAUGGUGGAGAAAAGUAAAUCUAGGCGACACCAAAUAUAGAACUACGUUUACCAUAAUCUCGUUCCUUAUAGGAUGGGGUAUACUAUGCGUAACGUGGAUGUAUUCCUUGAGAUCCGUAAAGUACCUAAUUUUAAAGAAAGGGGGGAAAGAAGUUACCAUAAUUACUCACACACCGACAGGCGGUAAUAAAAUGCUCACGUUAAAACUUGACAAUCUUAGCUGUAAAGAUUCAAGAACGAGCGCAGGAUCACAACUUCCGAUUCAAGUGAAGGGCCACUAUUUACAUUAUAUUCUUGAUAUGAGAGGAGCAUUUACAAAUCCGACUUUAUUUGAUCAAACGGCUGGAUUAAGGCGAAAAUGGGCAUUAUGAGGAUUGAGUUGUUAAUAUCGACUACUAAUGGUUCUGUUUUUUUUUUCUUCAUGUUAUAUAUUUGUUUUUCAGAGUAUGUAUGCGCUUUUCGCACAGCUUAGGAGUUUUCUUGUGACUAUUUUUUAAAAUUUCAAUAAUUUAAUAAUAUAGUAUUU